GCAUCUGUCUGUGUGUUCUUUUAAUCCCUUCUUGCUGAAGAUUUCAAGGGAUGGAGCAGUAAUCAUUUUAUUCCAACAUUUUGAUAAAGAGAGCGAAGAUCUUUCUUGGAAGAUGCAUCCUGAAAUACAGAAAAUGAGAGAAAUUGCCCUUAUUUACCUUGACAGAAGUGGCGGCCUUCAGAAAUUUGUGCAGGAUUGCAAAAAAUAUAAUGACUCCAAACAAAGCUAUGCUGUUUAUCGUUUCAUUAUUUCAAUAAAUCCUUCUGAUAUUGCUGAAUUAGAUGCAACUCUUGGAAACUACAUUCUUCAUAAUCCCAUCCAAGCUGCACAGAUUUUUCAGUCAGUAUGUUUCAUAGCUAUUAAGACGUUAUCCUUAAUUGAACAAAUGCAGACAGAAGCCCAGAUUAGUAUACUGCUGAAACCAACACAUUUGCCACCUUUAUCAAGUUAUGUGCUCAGUCUUUCUGCGUUUCCCUUUAAUUACACAUCCCAGAGAUUUUACAUGUCUGAAGGAAUAGCCAUCGCAAUGGGCACUGUGACAAAAUACACACAAGGAGCAAGAUUUCUUUGUACUGAGGAAACCUGUCCGUUUUCUGAAGGAUAUAGGUACAUAAGAGUGCAUAUGCCUGGAGCUACAGAGUCUGCCACAGUGAGGAGUGAUUUUGUGUGUAGUUUGUGUUCUUCACCACUGCAGGAAGACAUGAAAUUUAGAGUACUUGGUGAUAAACAAAUAGUUGAAAUGAUUGAUGCAAAAGUUCUCAAUGCUUUGAAAGGAUUUUCCAGCGAUAAAUCACAUUUUAGGAUUCAGGCAUUUACAGUUUUCCUGAGAGAUGAACUGGCCAAUAAAAUGGAAAUAGGAAACCACUACAAGAUUAUAGGAAUUCCUGCUUGUGUACAAAAUGGCUUACAAGCUACAGCAUGUAUAGAAGUCAAUAGUGUACAGCUCUGUAAACCAAAUGGUCCUGCUUUUGUCGGUGACAAUUUUAAGUAUCUGCUCUCACUGGCUUCAAGUUCAUGCUGGAGGUUCACUGCCAUCCUUGCCAAUAUCUUUGCUUCUCAAGUGGUCCCACCAGGCACUUACAACACUCUUAAACUGGCAAUAUUGCUGAGCCUGGUACAGACAGGUGAAAAAGAAAAUGCAGAUUAUCUGGAUCUGUUGGUUGUGACAAGUGACACGCUAGUAAUUGAUAGGCUGCUGAAUUACAGCGUGUGUCUCCUGCCUCGAGGUGUCCGACACCCGCCGUCGAGUGACAUCUUUCCUUCUGUGUCCAAGGACAGACACGGGACGGGAAGCGCCAGUAUCCAGGCCUGCAGUGCUGUGCUGGCCAAGGGUGGGGUCUGUUACAUUGGAGACUUAUCUUCAUAUAAAAAGGAUAAACUUGAACUCUUGCAGUCUGUGCUGGAGAGCAGAACGACAACGGUGUUCAUUCCUGGGAAGAAGUAUGGAGAAGAGGCCGACCAACAAGUUACUAUUUCAAUUCAGACCAAUUUUUGGUCUUUUAUAGAUGUGGAUUCUUCCUCCAAGAAACAUAUACAAAAGGAGAAUUUUUUAAUUGGACAGAUGGAUGUGAGUUUGAUUCCCUCUAACCUUCUCGAUGUUUUUGGGCUUCUGAUAUACAACGAGUCUCCUUCGUGCCGACUGUCUUCUCCUGUCGUACAGCACAUCUUGAAAAAAGCCCUGAAUCCUGAAGCCAUGCUGUACAAAGCCUCCCAGCAGUUCAGGAUGCAGGAUUAUGAGGAGUUUAUUUUGUUUGCCAAGAAUCUGCACGUUGAGCUGAGUCCCGAAGCAGAAAACCUCAUUCAGGGCUACUACGUCGCCAGUCGCAGAGUGAGAAGAGACUCCCUCCAUGGAUCCACCUUAUCCUCAUCCGCACUGAAAAUCCUGAUUUCACUGUCUAAGGCUCACACUAAACUAAGUUUAAGAAAGAAAGUUCUUGAGGAAGAUGCGCUGAUUGCCAUCUUGUUACUUGAAUCAUCUCUCAUCCUAAAACACGGCCAGUCUGCACUAUGCAUAGCACCCAAUUCUGUAUUUCCAUUUGACCUGAGUGAUGAAAACUCCCUGCAGCAGAGAGACAGUUACCUCCUGCAGUGCCACCACCAGCUGCUGAAGUUCAUUGCUGCUUACGGCCCAGGCAUUCACAUUAACGCUAACGAAGAAUGAAAACUCCCCUCUGUAAGUAGAACCUGAGACUCCUACCUCAGCUUUUUGAGAGACUGCAGUUAAAAAUAUACAACCAAUAAGGCUUUUUUUAUUUUUUUAAGUCAGUUCAGUGCUGUUUUGCUAAGGAAUAGAGCACAGCUGACAAGAUUUAUUUAAAAGUGCUGUUUGAAGGCAGGAGUGAUGUCUUCAUCCUGAGAGGCUGUGGCUUCAGAAUAAAGCCUCAACCUGAACUUCCCUUCCUGGCUACCACGGUUCAUCCACAGUAAAGCAGGGACUUUAAUAAGACUACAACCAGCAAUUAAACCAGUUUAGAAUCCAAUGUUUCACUUCAACUGUGUUAACUCUCCAGUUUUUCUGGUUGCUUCUUUUCAGCUGUGUCACCCAAUAAGAGUUAAAUAGUUUUAAGUACAUUAAAAUUCUUUUUUUCUAUUGUAAGCCAACUUUCUUAAA